AUACUCUGCAACCAAUCACAAUGCAGUGAAAUAAAACGCCAAAAAUCAAGGUUAGAGCCGAGUCUGGUUAAAAUAUGGCGACUCUUAAGAAAAAAGGAAAGUCGAAGUGGAAAGAUUUUAAUGUGCAAUUCGUAAUCGAAUGGAUAAAAAUACUGUUGUUUGACCCAAGUAAGACCUGGGUGGUGGGUCUUGGUCUUUUGUUGGGAGAAAUUGUGGUAAAUGUGAUAGUCAUCUGGAAAAUCAAAUACACAGAAAUAGAUUGGGAGGCAUACAUGGAAGAGGUUGAGGGUGUAAUCAAUGGAACAUAUGACUACCAAUACCUGAAAGGAGGAACAGGUCCUUUGGUUUACCCUGCAGGAUUUGUUUACCUCUUUGCUGGAUUAUAUUAUCUGACUGGUCAUGGAACAGACAUUCAGACUGCGCAGUAUAUUUUUGCUGUUUUAUACAUACUCACCUUAGUGAGUGUAUUUGCAAUUUACCAAAAAACCUCUUCUGUUCCACCAUUUGCCUUCUUCUUCAUGUGUUGCACAUCUUACAGAAUCCACUCAAUUUACAUUCUUCGUCUCUUCAAUGACCCUGUGGCAAUGUUCUUCCUGUAUAUUGCAGUCAACUGCUUUUUGCGUGAUAGAUGGAAUUUAGGAUGCAUUAUGUUCAGCCUGGCUGUGAGUGUCAAGAUGAAUAUUCUUCUCUUUGCUCCUGGUCUGUUGCUGCUCUUGUUACAAACCUUUGGAGUGUGGUGGACAGUGCCAAGAUUAGCUCUGUGUGCUUUGAUUCAACUGGUUCUAGGCCUGCCUUUUCUUUUGGAUAAUCCCAUCAGUUACAUCACAAUGGCAUUCAACUUGGGCCGGCAGUUUCUUUUCAAGUGGACUGUGAACUGGAGAUUUUUACCAGAAUGGUUUUUCCUAAAUCGUUAUUUUCAUGUUGGUCUUCUGAUGUGCCACGUUACACUUUUGAUUUUAUUUUACCUGUUUAAGUGGACAAGAAAAUCAGAAUCUUUACAGUAUUAUUUUAAGAGACCUUUUCAAAGAGAGACUUUAACUUCCAAUCAGAUUGUUUAUGUGUUAUUUGUGUCUAAUUUCAUCGGCAUGACUUUCUCUCGGUCACUUCAUUAUCAAUUUUAUGUGUGGUAUUUCCACACUCUUUUGUUCCUGUUGUGGAAGACAAAUAUGUGGAUAUCGGCCAGGCUCCUUAUUCUUGGGGUCCUAGAACUGUGUUGGAAUACGUACCCAUCUACUGUGAUAAGCUCCAUAUCCCUGCAUAUCUGUCACGCCGCACUUUUAGGGGCUCUAUGGUACGCCGAGCCUCUGUUUACGGACAAAACAAGCUCUAGGCAAGAAGACAAGAAAGAGUGAAUAUUUCAAAUGUUAGUAAAAUCAAAAAUAAUCCAGUUUGUUGGUUUA